ACCUUUCCCAGACCCCCUGUUCCUAUUCCCCCAACAGACACAGAACCCCAGAUUAUACCCAUUAUCAGCACCUUCUCUGACGUAAACAGACUCCUUCAUUCUAGACUGAAAUUCGCUUUCACACAACGCACAUUCCCCCCACUUCAGGAAUUCAGACCCAUAUCAGCUUUCUGCAGAAACCCCAAUUUAAGGGAUCUUAAUUUUAGCCAAAUGUCCAAUAAACCUACUCCUAAACUACCCAUUGAACAACAGUAUUAUAGACAACUUUCACAGAUUCAAAAUCCAAAUGCACAAACCUCCAGUCCUAUUUCACAACUCAUGACCAUUCAAAGCACCAAUAUUGUCUAUGCCAUAACAUGCACACUAUGCCACAACAUUUAUAUAGGAGAAACCGGUCACACAGUCUUGACACGCCUCAAACAGCACCUCUACACAAUUGGAAAAAACAUUAAACACACACCUGGUCCAACAUUUUCAAAUCCACCCAACAACCUCCCUCCGUAUUACCGGUCUGGAGAUGAAAUCCACCUGGACCAGAGGUCAGAGGAAAGCGGCCGAAUCCAGGUGGAUUUCAAAACUUAAUACUUUGACUCCACUGGGGAUGAAUAUCCAGGUAUAAUAGAAAACACUAACAGUGGGAGGGGGUGGGGGCCUAAUUAAGAGGACUGGAGGGGCCACUGGAACGAGGAUUAAGUUGAAAUUAUACUUUUCCUUUUUUUAAAGAAGCAUUUGAUUGCUCAACCUGGUGGUGUCUUUUUUUUUUUAGUACUUUUUGCUGAAUUUUAUUAUAUUACACAUUUUAACAUGACGUGAUUAUUUAUCUAACUAUUUAAUUAUCUAAUUGAUCUGGUAUGCAUGUUUUAAUGUGGUUUUACAUUAAAUUUGGUUUAGGGUUAAACCUUUUAAUCCCAGGUUGUUUUCGAUGAUUGUCUUCCUCCUACUUUUGAAUUGUUGUGGGUGACCCCUCGGAGCUCUCGGUCUCUCAUGUCCUCCCACUUUCUCCAGACCGGUCAAAGGUGCAAUAGGCCUUUGCAACCCAAGGUUUGACACCAAUACAAACAUAAACCCUUGCCUUAACCUAACCCUUAACCCCUAACCCUAACCUAGCCAAUGCCAUUGCUUCCACUUAUCUGCCCGGUUCUCUGCAGAAUAAUCAGUACAAAUUUCAUUUUUUAUUAUCACAGUUUUAUUUUAUACAUUCUCUGUCCACCCCCUCCACGCUUAUUUUACUGACAGACUCUUGGUGAAUUCUUGGCAUUAGACUCUACAGAAAUCAAAGUUUUAUACUUUUUUUUAUCUUGUAGAUUAUACAUAUUCAAUACACAAGCUCCACCUACUUAUGAUAAAGGAAACACUACACUACAGCACAACAAACAAUGCCUAACACACCUUCCACUCAACACACAACUAAGACCUACUUCAAACUGAUACAAGCCAUACACCACAAACAAAUCAUUGAACAUGCACUCAACACUUUCCAGUGGGGAUGAUGAAACCGGUCACUAAACUCAGACUUUAUUAAACCAUCAUCCCCCAACAUAGAGACAAAGCAGAAAGUAGCUGAUAAUACAGAAAAUUGGAUGUCAGCAAAUAUGCAUAUCUUGCAUGAACACUACCAGGCAAUACUAAACACUCUAUCCCCUACAGGCUUCCCGUUUAACAGUAGUGCCUUCCAGACAGCAGUUCGUUGGGCCCAACACAGGUACAGGCACAAAUUACGUGACAGUACAGUCCCCAUAGUGCAAUCACUGUUAGAGGACUCACCAUCCACUAGUGCUUUAGAACCAAAUCCAGCUUUAGCACAGGCCAGACAACCUACUCUAGCCUCAUGGCCAUGUUCCACAGCCACAGCCAGAGCCAAGACCAGCUUACCAACUUCAGGGUCUUCCCCACACGUCCUAGCCGGGACACUACCAUCCACUCUGGCCUCCAGGCUGACUCAAUCCUCCUUAGGAAGGGUACCACGACCAGUUCCGAGACUUGAAGCAAUUAAAGCCCCAACUUUGGCUCCUAGGUCUGUUAGGAACAAACCAACAUCCUCUCCAGAUUUGGCUUGGUCCUCAAGGGGCACUGUUACCAUACCCGUAGCUUCGACACUGACUAAGGCUCCAGAUAACAUACCACCCGUACCUUCCCCAACUCCUAAUAGGGAUACCCUUGCUUAUCCUCAGUUCACCUCACCACCACCUGACCCUGAUGAAUUUAUAGUAGACUUUGAACUUAGAGAGGAGGAAUUUCCCACUCUCCAGUCAAUUAUGGUAAAGACAAAGCACACCAUAGCCCAGACUAAGACCAUCACAGUCCAGGCGCAGGUGAUACACAGACCCUGCAGCCAACUUGAUUCCAGGAGUGCCCCCACAUUGACUAGGGCCACGGAGACCACACAACCACCCCAAACACCAAUUAUCAGCAAUGUAGCGAUUCAAUCUGAUCUAAACAUUUCUGACCUCUCUGGGUCAGACACUAACAUCUCCACUCUUGUUCCAACAGAGGUUCAACUAAAUAAACACCAAACCCCUGCUGAGGUGGUCACUAUGGAAAGAGGAGUAAACGUGGAAAAAGUUGUGAUGAUGGGAGAAAACAAAGGGAAAAUCAAUCCCAAUAGUUUCCUGUCUGAACCUUCCCCAAUACUAACCUCUCCACACACCAGAUACCUCUUACCCACCCCACUUAGUCUGUCUCCAAAAAAUAGGGUUCCUUCAGAGCCCACUGUGAGACUCACCCCUCUGCCUUCACCCAGACACUCUACCCCAACAUCCCCAGCCACCCCCCCAUUCUUGUACCAGCCAACUAGACAUGACAUGACAAACAGAAAAAUCUAUGACUGGAAAAUAAAAUCUCUCAAACCGAUUGCUAUCAUUGGAGAUUCAAAUUUGAAAAGAAUACCCUACCAUCCGUACAAACACAUCCAAAUUGACAGUUAUCCUGGAGCACAGUUCCACCACAUUACUGGGGUAUUGGCAAAAUCUACCCCAAAUCCUAACACCAAGGUGGUUGUGCUGUCUCUGGGGCUGAACAACAAAGAACAAACACAGAAACAAACACCCAUAGGACAACUACAAUCACUUCACAGUAAAGCAACAGUGAUGUAUCCUAAUGCAACCAUUUACUUCCCCAUCAUUAACUACUCUCCCCACCUGUCAGAGAAACAACAAACCAUGUUGAAAUAUAUCAACUCACACAUCGUCACACACUACAACCCUCUAUUAGAAAUCCACCAUUCAGAUUUCCACACAGAGAAAGACAAUAUACACUGGACAGCAGAUACAGGGGCAAAAAUACUCCAACAUUGGAUGGAACAGCUAAAAUAGUGGGGGAGGGUAUGCCUACAUCACAGCCCCUCCACCAAGACACAAACAUCCUUAAUCUUUCAUCCACAUUUCACUUAUCACCCUCUGAGACUCGGCUGCUGGAGAGGGGACUCACUUUUAUCCCCCACACCACUGCAUUCUGACUAUGGGGACCUCCAGAGGGACAUCUACAGGUAUCAUAGAGCUCUGAAACUUUUGGACCACUUUGAUUAUACAUCGGAUUACCGAACCCUACCGUUCACAGCUCCAUCCAGAUGGGAACCAAAAUCACAGACAAUAUCAGCACCCAUUAGGAAACUCAUUAAAACCAAUACAUACAUCAGAGAAUUCCAUACCGCUACCAUAACUUCACAACAGAAUAUCACAGUAGAAGAAAGACAAGCCAUAGCUAAAUUAAGGAAACACAAACAUAUAACUAUAAAACCAGCAGACAAAGGCUCAAAGAUGAUUAUUAUGGACAACCAACAGUACCUCUUUGAAGCUCACCGCCAACUCUCUAACACACAACACUAUACCCCUAUUCCUGCCUCUACACAGAUCCAGACACAAAUAAAAAUUAGACACAUAAUAUUAGAUCUUUAUAAAAAGAAAUACAUUACAUAUAGACAAAAGGAAUAUCUAGAUGGACCAGACUUACCCAGACAGAGACUCUUCUAUCUCCUCCCUAAGAUACAUCAAACACCAGAUACCUGGACAGUCCCUUUUGAGGUCCCGAAGGGAAGACCUAUUGUGUCGGACUGUGGGAGUGAGUCCUCGCCAGCAGCGGAGUUUAUUGACUAUUUCCUCAACCCCAUUUCACAAAGGCACCCCAGCUAUCUGAAGGACACAUACCACUUCAUAGACACGCUUCACAACAUUCCAGUCCCAGCAAACGCAUACCUAUUCACUAUAGAUAUAGAUUCUCUCUACACCAACAUAGAUAUCUUGUCAGGUUUAGCAGCAGUGAAAUCUGCACUCCGGAGAUAUACAGAUCCAGAUAGACCAGACUCACACCUCCUACAGCUUCUAGAGCUUGGAUUAAGAAACAAUGAUUUCACAUUCAAUAAUAAACACUACUUACAGAUUCAUGGGACGGCGAUGGGCAAAAAGUUUGCCCCAGCCUAUGCUAAUAUUUAUAUGGCGGACUGGGAGUUGACAGCCUUAGAUAAAUGCCCAUUGCGUCUCAUGUUUUAUAGACGAUACCUGGAUGAUAUCUUCGGCGUGUGGGAACAUGAUCUGGUACAUUUCAAAACGUUUAUUGAAAUACUCAAUAACCAUCACCCAACCAUAACUGUUAAAUAUGUCAUUCACCCACAUACAAUUAACUUCCUGGAUACAACAAUAUUCUUUCCAGAGACUGACACACACAUAGUCUCUUUACAAACAAAAGUAUACUUUAAAGACACAGACACACAUGCCUUACUUCACAAGUCCAGUUAUCACCCAAAACAUACAUUCACUGGUAUUGUAAAAUCACAACUCAUUCGAUUUCAUAGAUUAUGUACACAACAUAAAGACUUUAAUCUAGCCACACAGACUCUUUUUAGUGCACUGAGAAAGAGGGGAUAUUCAAAGCGAUCACUGAGGUACAUAAAGGCCAACACACUGGCGGGCUUCACCCAGAACAGAUUGCCUGAUCCUCCUAACCCUACCUCUAACCCUAACCCUAACCCUAACCUUAACCUUAACCUUAACCUUAACCUUAACCUUAACCUUACCUCUAACCUUAACCUUAACCCUAACCCUAACCUUACCUCUAACCUUAACCCUAACCUUAACCCUAACCUUAACCCCAACCCUAACCCUAACCUCAACCUUAACCUUAAUCUUAACCUCAAAACUCUCCCGGGAGAACUCUUGACCAGGUACUGACUCCUGACCUGGGGGAACAGCCCACGCCUAUCCCUAUCCCUUUCCCGAUUCUGGGUAUGUAUCCCUAUCCCCCCCAUCCUAUCCCGGUCCUCCACCCUCAGACCUUUCCCAGACCCCCUGUUCCUAUUCCCCCAACAGACACAGAACCCCAGAUUAUACCCAUUAUCAGCACCUUCUCUGACGUAAACAGACUCCUUCACUCUAGACUCAAAUUCGCUUUCACCCAAACACAACGCACAUUCCCCCCACUUCAGGAAUUCAGACCCUUAUCAGCUUUCCGUAGAAACCCCAAUUUAAGGGAUCUCUUAAUUUUUGCAAAGUUUUCCAAUAAACCUACUCCUAAACUACCCGUUGAACAACAGUAUCAUAGACAACUUUCACACAUUCAAAAUCCACAUGCACAAACCUCCAGUCCUAUUUCACAACUCAUGACCAUCCAUAGUACCAAUAUUGUCUAUGCCAUAACAUGCACACUAUGCCACAACAUUUAUAUAGGAGAAACCGGUCACACAGUCCUGACACGCCUCAAACAGCACCUCUACACAAUUAGAAAAAACAUAUUACAAACACACCUGGUCCAACAUUUUCAGAUCCACCCAACAACUUCCCUCCAUAUUACCGGUCUGGAGAUGAAAUCCACCUGGACCAGAGGCCAGAGAAAAGCGGCCGAAUCCAGGUGGAUUUCAAAACGUAAUACUUUGGCUCCACUGGGGAUGAAUAUCAAGGAAUAA